CCACAGCAGCACGCGGGCUGUCCCUCUCUCUGUAAUGGCGACUGUCCUCGUGGUCCAGUAAACAGUCCAACGGCUAUAGGAAGAUUCACAGAGGACGCCGUCCCGCCGUCCGGCAGCUCGUUCCCCGGUUAACGAACGGCAGGUCCUCCGGUGUCCGUGCUCAGAGGCGCAAGCACGACUUUUGAAACAGGUGGCGGCAGAAAGAUGGCGCCCGAGACUGCGCAGUAAGGACGAUGACGUGAUAGUGAAGGACACCGCGUGCUGUUUUUUCCUCUCAGUUUGAAAAGGCCCACGGUGUCGGCGGCGAGGCUCGUGCGACGGGAAAACUCGGAUUCAUGUCACGCCGCUGAAAAUACUCCACGUGCUUGAAGGGUGCUGUCUUGAAACCAUUGUACAGAUGUAUGAAAGGUGGGAUCCUCCAGUCCUUCAGAUGUCUGGGACCUGUUCAUGGCUUCUAAGAAAGAGAAAGCAAUGGUGUUCCAUCACGAAGGGGAACCCACCCCUGUAGCAGCACCUGCGCCCAAUCAUCCACCUCCAUGUUUUGCUGUCCCUAAACCAGGGAAGGCAAGUGAAAGCGGGAUGGAACGAAACACCCAUGCAACCAGUGAAGAGGCAGAUAUGAUGGGUAAACCCAACAUAUACUCAUCAAAGAAAGCCACCAUGACCUCUGGUGGACUUUCUGCUAUGAAACAUUCCACCAGUUCAAACCCUCAUUCAGACAACCUGUCUCCUGAUAGUAUUUGCAAAGGCAUCAGAGUAACGCUGGACAACAACAGCAUGUGGAACGAGUUCUUCAGAUGCAAAACAGAGAUGAUUCUGACUAAGCAAGGCAGCAGGAUGUUCCCCUACUGUCGCUUUCGCAUCUCGGGCUUGCAGCCAUUUAGAAAGUACUCGCUGAUCAUGGAUAUUUAUCCUUUAGACAACAGUUGUUACAAGUGGACUGGCAAGAGCUGGCAAGUUGCUGGAAAAGCAGAGUGUCAUGAAAAGAGUCAACCUUUUGCUCAUCCAGAAUCCCCAUCUAUGGGUCAACACUGGAUGCAGAAUCCAGUGUCUUUUUAUAAAAUGAAGCUCACAAACAACAUUUCAGACGAAGAAGGGAACACUAUCCUGCAUCCGAUGCACCGCUACUUGCCACGACUGCACGUAGUCCAAACUGACAAGGCUGCCAAAGACAUUAAGCUAAAUGGUCCUGGUGUUGUCACAUUUACUUUCCCCCAGACUGAGUUUAUGGCUGUCACUGCUUACCAGAACUCACGGUUUGUUAAGCUCAAAGUUGACUACAACCCUUUUGCCAAAGGACUGAAGGAGGACGGGUCCAGUUCAUGGGGCUUGAAGCUGAAAUUGAAAGACUCGCACAAAGAUGGAGGCACGACAACCAACGAUCAGCAUCCUGUGAAGAAGAGCUUGAAGUCUUUGCUUGCAAACCACAAACCUAGAAGCUCAAAAGCAGUGGAUUCAAAAUCUUUAGCAUCAGGUGACCUUCAGAAAAAUUCCACAGCAGACAAAGAUCAGUCAACUGCCAAGGUUCCCUGGGAAACUUCGUGCAGUUCACUUCCAGCUCAGAAGUUGUUCUCUGAACUUAUUCGGGAAGCUCAUGUUUCACUGCAGCGAUGUAACCUGGAGCAGCUGGGUAUCAAUAGCAAUACCUCUCAUAGAACUGAGCUAGCAAACACUAAAACCACAGCUUUGAAAAGCAACAGAGAAGAUGUUCCCAAGAAGGACAGCUUAUCUGUCAAAACAGACAGUGAAACAUCACCUGCAAAGAAUGACACUGUUUUAACAAAGAGGAAAAUUAAGGAGGACAAGCACCUUUUGAAUUCACUGAACUUCAAGGACAAUGUUGUGGCAGAUGAUUCUGAGGUCAGUAAUGUUGUUGCUUCUCCUGUAGUGUCCCAGAACUCCCCAGUGGAGUCAGAGCACCAGUCUAAACCCGAAGCGCCAUCAGAGGUGAAUGUAAGGCAGCAUAAACGGCCGGCUCCUGUACCUCUGCCAGCCCUUGCUCUCUUUUUGAAGCAACAUUCGACAAAAUCUAGAAAGGCCAAGAACAAGCCAAGCUCUCUGCCCCCAGCACUCCCUUCUGAAUCUCUGUCUAAAUCACAGAGUUCUGCUCGAGCUCCUGCGUGUCUGCCUUCCGAUAAUGCAGGCAAAGCAACCGGUCCCCUGAAAGAUCUCACUGGUGAUGUCACAAAAUCCGACAACCAGGCCUCCGGACAUACUUGUGCAGAUUUUCAAGCAGUUGAAACAACCCUUCAGCCUCCCAGUCCAUCAUGCCAAAAUGCUGUUGCCACUACAGAGCCAGAGGGACAAAGAACUGAUGAUCGGUUGAUCUCCCUUUCAGUUGCUGAAAGCCCAAGCUCAGAACUGGCAGUGCCAGAUGGUACUCCAGUCUUACCCUACUUAGAUCAGCCAUUUAGUACCCCUGGGACAUCGACAUCCACCAUUUCUUCAACUCUUGCUACCUCUUCUGCAUUUCCUGUUUUGUCACCACCCCUUGACACAGUGUUAACUGCCAUGAACUCACCACAAAAACCAACCUUCACUGAGCCUUCCACACUACCGUCAGGUUCCCCCACUAUAAAGUGUGAUUCAUUGCUCUCUGACCCAGAGUGUUCUUUUGGCUUUGAGCCUUUGUCACCUGCAAGCUCUCCAGAACCUUUACCUCCUCUGCCUGCCUCAUUAGCUUUAGAACUCAACUCCACUACUUCUGAACCAACUCCAAAAACAGUACCUCCCGAGGAGCCACAACAAGCUGAAGAUUUUGCUGCAUCUGUGUUUAAAUGGCAUACAGUGUUACCUCCACCUGAGCCGUACAUAGACACUUCAUUCACUACAUUUCAGCUCACAUCACAGACACUUCCUUUAGGGUCUGUCAAAUCACCUUUGCUAUCUUCCUCCACUCCCUCCCACUCUGAACCACAGACUCUUGACACCUCCACAUCCACGCCUCCCCCUGAUGGUACUCCAUCAUUUCAAGAGAACGAACAGUCGCUACCCUUUCCAGCAGAACUGUCCCCCCUUGCACUCCAGUUGCCGCUGUCUCCAACUUUUUCUUCAUUAGAUGGAGACGGGUUGUCACCCACGCCUUCAAUCACAGACCUCGUGCACUUUUUCUCCACUGAUGAUGACCUUGGGAUGGGAGUGGAGUUUUCAAACACAGAGGCAGUGGUUCUUACCUGCCCACCUCUUACUACAGCGGAGGCAAGUGCAAGUGGGCCCUUUCACCAAGUGCAACCAACCCCAGCCAACAAACCCCCCAAGCGCAAGAAGAAAUCCCGGCGGCGGAAGCUUGCCAAGAUGGAUAGUGAUCAGAAGAUUGAUCAUUCCAAUUACACUAGCAUGCAGCCUAACCUCGAGGAAGUGGAGGAGCAAUUAUUUAUCUCGUUCACGUCCAAGGAGGCCCUCAAGCUUCACAUCGCAGACACAUCUGAAGGAACUGUCACACAAUCUCAGACAACACCUGAAGGUCACCUGCUACAAUCUGCUGACACACCUGAGAACGCAGAGAGUCUGGAGCAGAGAAUCUCUGCCUGCGAGAAGAUUCUCCUGAGAGACCUGAAGCUGAUGAAGCACAAACAGGUCAUUCACCCUGUGCUGCAGCAAGUGGGUUUGAAGAUGAACCUGCUGGAUCCGACUCUAGCCAUAGACCUGCAGUACCUAGGAGUCUGUCUGCCCAUCCCCCCUCCUGGAUUUCCUCCAGAGCUGCUGAGCCAGAAGCUGCCUCUGUCUCAAGGUGUUUCUACAGCGUUUGUGUCCAGAACAGGAAAAACCACAGACGUGACUCAGAUUAAAGGUUGGAGAGAGAAAUUCUCUCCAUCAGAGGCUCCAUCUGCUCCUUCAUCAUCCAAACCUGAAGCUGGUCCCAGUACAGAUCUGCCAAAGAAGAACCUGUCAGCGUUCUGCAGCGACAUGUUGGAUGAGUAUCUGGAGAACGAAGGGAAGCUGAUUGACGAGCGAGCCGCCAGCUUCUCUCAGCCUCUGGUGGAGCCAGUGAUGUACGAGCUCCCCACCAGGAGCACCAGCUACGUCCGGACCCUGAGCAGCGUCCUGAAGAAACAUACUGCCAGCUCCCCCACCCCUGACCUCAUAUCAGGAUUCAUUCCCCCCUCCAAGAGACCCAAACUCUCCCUCAAAGGGACAAAAAUGUCCAGGACAGGAGAGAGGAAACAGAAAGGUCCAAAACAGACCAAACUCAGACCAGAACCUGAACCAAGUCCAGCUGAACCAAACCUGAUCCCUAAACAGCCUGGAAUCCACAGCCCAGCUGCACCACCCCCAUCAGACCACACAGAACCUUUCACUGAACCUCACAAGUCCAAGAAAAACCAGUUGAAGGUCCGAUUCAGCCACACAGAGCCAUUAACUCGCUCCCCUCAGACCUCCCCCUUUAAGAAGAGGAGGAAACUUAAACCCAAGACCUCAUCUCAGACUCUUAGCCCCUCCAGGUCCAUGGCCCCCCUGCUGGACGUCUCAGAGGACCUGGCUCCUCUGGAGUCAGACUCUGAGCUCGGGACCGGUGCUGAUGUGGGUGGUGAAACCCAGAGGGACAGCGGACCAGUGAUGACUCGAGCUCUGCUCAGACAGAAAGACCUAGAGGAUGGGGUGGUGUGGGAGGGCCGACCCAGGACCAGCAUCACAGAGGAGAGGGCCGUCAUCGCCCUGACGUCCCUCUUCACACUAAUGGGUUUUGUCAGUGAGAACCCCACCGCUCCCAUCCAGCUGAUCCGGAGACGAGCCCCCCCCUGUCUGAAUGAGUUUUGCAGGCUGGGCUGUGUCUGCUCCAGUCUGUCCCACUGCUCCAGGAUCAGCCACUGCGGCCGGCCUCACUGCAUGUUUGGCUGUAGCUGCCUAAAACAGAAGGUGGUCCUCCUCAAGAACCUGGACGGCUCCGACUCCAGCCCCUCCCACCAUGAAAGCACAAAGCGGAGGAGGAGGAGGAGGAGGAUGAAGAUGGCUUACAUUCUGAAGGAGGCGGAAAGCGUUUCCCAGCCUAGUGAGCAAGUCCGAAUUCUGUGGAAGAAGGACGAUAGAGACUCACAUCCAGAUCCAGAUCCAGACCCAGUCCAUGUCCCUGAACCAGCCUGCCUGCUCCGCUCCACUGAGAGCAGAGAGAAUAAGAGCAGCUGUGCCAGGGUCAGAGGUUACAGAGGAAAGAAGAAGAACCCCAAACAGAAGGAGACGAUUAAACAUGUGAGGUCCAAAGCUGUCCAGCUGAGUCCUUUAAAACAGAGAGACUUGACACUGAAGGAAACAAAGACCAGAACCUCCAGCCCCCCUCCAGCAGAUGAACCAGCUCAGCCAGCGCCUUUCAGCCAGAGUCCUCCCCCAGAGCUGACCCCGAAGCCGUCGAAGCGCUUGAUCAUCUUGGCAGAGUGCAAGUGGGCGAGCGACGCAGACCGAAACCACGUGUUAAAGAAGCUGUGCGAGGCGAUGGCUCAGGACCGCCUGGACGAUCCUUUCUGGAUCAGGAAAUAUCUCAUCAGUCCUGUCAGCCAGACUGUGGAGGACAGCGGCAGCGACCACUGCAUCCAGUACAAAAUCCACAUCUCCAGACCCAGAGUGGAGCGGGAGAAAGCAGCAGCACCACCGAAACCAGCACAACAAGGAAACCAGGGAAAGGAAAAACCACAACAACAGGACCACCUGGGACAGGCGAACGGGGAGGCGGAGCCUCUGAAGGCCUGGCCACGAAAGGUGAUGGAGGUGGAGGAGCCUCUAGAGGACUGGCAGCGGGAGGUGGAGGAAGAGGACAUCCAGGAGGAGGCGGGCUCAACACUUCAUCAAGUGGAUGACGGGAGGGAGAGGAGUGGAGGGAAAAUGAAAAUGAAAGCAACGAAGAAGAAGAAGGUCAUCAUGGCUCUGCCUUUCCUAACAGGAAUCUCCCCUGCCGGAUUCCUCUCAGCCAAUAGGAAACAGCCGGGAGGGACAGACCACCUGGUCCAGGUAAACGGGAAGCUGUAUCCUCUGGCUAAGAUCCAGUUGGGGAAGAUGGGGGCGCUCCACCCAGCGAACCGUCUGGCAGCCUAUCUGACUGGGCGGGUGGGGCCCAGCAGAGACCAACAAGGCUCCUCUUCAUCCUCCUCAUCCUCUUCAAAACCUUGUGAGACCCAGAGUUCGGCACCGACCCCCCAGACCAUCUCGGCUUCCUCUAACCUCACUGCCGCCACCGCCACCACCACUGCUACUCCACCCAGACCAUGGCCGCCAGUCACAAUGCUCACCCUCCAAACCUCCCCCACAGUGCUUCAGCCCGCCGCCCUCAGGGUCGACCAAUCAGCUGCUUCCUGUGAGCUGCCUGCAGGUGAAGCACCUCAGGGGGUGGGGACCCGGGUUGUCACAGUGAGGGUGUACCCAAGUCCUGCAGGGGGAGGCGGUCAGGUCAGAGCGGCACCGGCAGCUUGUGGUAGCUCCGCCCCCUCAACAGCCUCGCAGGUGAGCAGCUCUGUGAUUGGUGGAGCCAAUCUGUGUCUGGGCUCAGCGCCUACUGAAGCCUCUCACAUGUGGAUUCAGUUCCCGGGUCCUCACAUGAAGGUUCCUGUAUCGGGUGUGGCUUCACGCCUCCCGCCACCACGUUCUAACAGUCAGGGGAUGGUCCUGCAGCCAGUUCGCACGGCGUCAGGAGUCCAGUAUUACCGCAGACCAGAUGGUAAACUGGUGCAGCUGGUUCCCAUCAGCCAGCUGAGACCAGUCAAACCAAACCUGCCUGUUGGGAGAGCGCUCCCCCCUUCUUCACUUCGGACUCCGGCCGUCGCUGUCGUUAAUCAAACACCAUCGCAGACCUCAGUAACUACACCUUCCUGCUCCUCCUCUUCCUCACUGUCCAGCCUCCGGUCCCUCUCUGUGCCGCCCGUCCCCGUCCCCCUCUGCCCCAGCUCUGGUUUCCUUUCUCAGAAGGAUACGUGCACCUUUAAAAUCCUCCCCACCAAGUCCAACAAGGAGCCGAUCAUCAUCACCUGUCCUAAACCCCCCCCCCAAAAACCUAUCAAGGUGGUGACGGCUCCGGGCUGCUUCACCCUCCUCCAGCCUCCCCCCAACCCCCCUGCCAUCCCGGUGAACCUCGUCUCCCUCAGACCCUCCACAGGUCAGGGGGCUGAGCUGGGGGUCAAAAAGGUGGCAGUGUCUGGCGUCCCAGGUGGUCCCACCAAGGUCUUAGUCCCUCAGAAACCUGCUUCUUCUCAAACCUCCACCACCUCUCAGACCCAUGCAGAAAAGACUCACAGAGCCCCACCCCCACCUGCUCCUUCAGGGUCAGAGGUCACACCUGUACCCCCUCCAAACCCCCGUGCUCAGCCUGAGCUGGCUUGCGACCUGGUGGACGUGGACAUCAUUUGCGUGGACCACAAGAUGGGGCUUGUUACCACCGAGACGCAGUCCGUGGAGGUGGUGGACCCGACGGGGUCGUCGAGCGGAGAGACGGAAAACUCGUCAGACUUUGGAGACGAGUUGUACAGUGAAGAAGAGAAGGAGACGAUCACAGCAAACCAUCGACACAUUCAUAAUGUGCUGGAGAGGCAGCGUCGACUGAGGAUGCUGCAGCUGUUCAACGGUCUGAGGAGGGAGGUGGGACUGAGCGAGAAGAGGACGUCAAAGAUCUUCACCCUUAAGAAGGCGGUGCAGAUGAUCCAGGAGCUGAGGACGACUGAAACUGAGCUGAAGAAGAAGAAGAGGAGGCUGAUGAAGAGGAGGGACCAGUACCUGUCCACCAUCGCUCCAACAACAGAUAAGAGCCCACAGGUGAUGAGCGGAGAGUCUGUCACCAAUCAGAGGCAAGGGACGGGGAGAACACAGAGAGCAGAUCUGAUGGACGUGGACCUGUUAGACCGGACGGACGAGCUGAUGGACGACUCGUCUGACGAGGACAGGGUCUACGCAGAGGCCGGCGUUGCUGCUGAGGAAGGGGAGGGUCAGAGUGUCGCCGUGGAGACGGCGGAGGAGAACAGAGCACUGAGCGUGGAUCAGAGGAGGCUGGAGAGGAAGAUGAAGAACUCAGAGAACAGUUUGAGCGUGAAGACGACGGGUGGAGCUCAGAACAUCGCUGCUGCCUUCAGGGCUCUCAGUUCAGUCUUGAACACCAAAAACUCUUCAAAGAGACUUCUGUUAGAACAGGCUCGUCAGCAGAUCCACACUCUGCAGACGGAGGUGCAGAGACUGAAGAGUGUGAAGACACUUCUGAAGCAGCAGAGAGACGCCUACGUCACAGAGAUCUCCCACGUAUCAGGUAAAAGUAGGCAGAGAAUUCUGAGGAAGCUGCAGCACCUCUCGUCCAAACAGAUGAAGAUGGAGAAACAGGAGAGACGCCCAACAGCCAAUCAGCUGUCAGCAGCAGCAGGGGGUGGGGCCUCUGAUCUUCCAGCGGGACGCACGGCCGAUGGCGCCAUCAUAACCACAUCGUCCAACCUGCAGCAGCAGACUCCACCGGUUCCUCCCACUCCAGUUUCUCCCCUGCUCACCAUCACACAUGUCCAAACACCUGUCCAUCAGCCUCAAAGGGUCCCUCAGGUGUUGAAGCCCAUCAUGGCUCCUCCUUCUGUAUCCCACAAGGCAGCUGUGGUGAGGGACCGCCCGAGGACAAUCCCAAACAUCCUGUCUCGCAGUAAAAAUCCAGCUCCGUCGUCUCCUCUGCUCACCACGACUGUGGAAGGUGAAGCUCCCCCCUUUCAGGCUCUGGCACCAGUUGAGGUUCUGUCUCUGGUCGGUGCACCGUUGCCAGGACACCUGGUCCGGACCCUGAGUCCACUGAUGGUGGGACCCACGGUUUGCCAGACGUCUCCUGCGCCAGGCAUGGCCCCGGUCACCCUCAACGUCCCCGGUUUGACCAAGCAGCAGAUCCAUCCCACCUCACUGCCCCGCCCCCCAACCGGUAAGAUCUACAGCAGCUCCGCCCCCCUCACCAUCACUGACUUAACAGCUGCAAACUUCAGCAACCUGCUGGACCUGGUUCGACCAGCAACUACACAGGAACUACAGCAACCACAGGCAGCAACUGCACAGCAACUACAAAUACAACCACGGCAGGUUCCAGCUGCUCAGCCCGCCCCCCCUCCCCACCAGGCGGUCUCUGCUGGAUCUGACCUUUCCUCAGACCGGAUCAAUGAGCAGGACCGGGCUCUGUCCCUGACUGACAGCAGCCCUGAGGCCUUGUCAUCAUCUCCACCCUCCAACCAGAGCCCGUCGUCCUCCGUGCGUCCAGGUCUGAGCGCCGAUGGUCACGUUGAGGUCGGAGUGGGGGGGCCUCUGGUUCCGGAACGGCAGCUCCAGACCAGAGGAGAUGGUGAGAGUGAGAGUCUGACAUCCCUCCUCAACGAGCUCGUCUUCCUCAACCAGCAGACUGUCUCCACGGCGACAAAAGCAAGGGUCUCUGAGGGGGACGAUGCAGUGGGUGGAGCCACAGAGCAGGCUCGAGCCAGCAGCCCCUGGCUCCUGCAGCUGGACUCGGACUCUGACGACGCCGUUACCAUGGAGAUGGGGAAGGAGCACACGGAGAGCGGACCUGAGACAGGACAGGCCAACGGGAGCACAGAGGGUUGCGUCCUGGCCCCGCCUCCUCUGCUGCAAAUGAAGGUGGGCGGGGCUAAGGGGGCAGACCCGGCCAGUAGGGACGUAGCAGCAGAAGGAGGGGGAGACGGGGGACAGGGGAGGGUGGAGGGGGGCACGGCCUGGAGGCCGAUGCCGAGGCUGGUUCCUCUGGGACUGAGAGGAAACCCGUCCAGCUGACAUCACACCACCUGACUGAUGAUGUCACUGCAGGUUCAGGAUCUCAUUGGUCGUCGGACAGAGAGCGCUCUCUGACCGUUUCCUCUGAACAACGCAUCAGAAGGAUGAAAUUUGAGUUUCAUCAUUUGAGGAGUGUGUGUGUGUGGUUGUGCGUGUGUGGUUGUGUGUGUCUGUGUGUGUGUGUGUGUGUGUGUGUGUGUGUGUGUGUGUGUGUGUGUGUGUGUGUGUGUGUGGUUGUGCGUGUGUGGUUG